AUGGAAGACUCUAGUUUAAAAACAGUUUUACCUACACCAGAAGAAACAGAAGAACCGUAUUCAAAGAAAUUUAAAAUUGAUAGCAAUCAAGUGAUCUUUGAGAGGGGGCAACAGCAAUUAUUUGAAAUAUGCAAUGAAGAUAACAAAUCAGGAAAUCAGUUUCUGUGUUUUCCUAAAACAUGGAAUUUUAGUCAACUUAAUUUGGAGUUACGAGAGAAAAGCAGUACAAUUUUAAAAAACAGUGUAAGACAACAUGCAAAUUUCAAGAUGUUUAUGAAUGCCAAAUUACAAUCCAGAUUGUUAGAAAAUAUUCCGUACAUUGGAAAAUGGCCUUCUAAUAGUUGUACUACACUUAGGAAUGGUAGUAGUUGCAAGUUAAACAAAAAUAAUUCAGAUUUCAUACAACUUGAAUCUUUGGUCUCAUAUGCAAAAGAAAGUGAAACGGCAACAAAGACUGCUAAUAUGUCAAAGACAAAUGAAUGGCCAACAAGAGGUUGUGAAGAUUCAGGAGAAGAGCAUUUUUCUUCAGAAACUAACAGAAGAGAUCAAUUUGAGUUAGUACUGGAAGAGCUUCGUAUGUUCAAUGAAAUUAGUAAGGCAAAUGAAAAUAGCCUGUCACAAACAGAAAUAAAUAUCCUUGAGAAAGAAUCUCAUGUACUAAAUUGUUCUGACAACAUACCAGAUCAAGUUAACAGAAAUAUCAAUCCAGUCAUUUCCACAACUGAUAUUACUAUGAGUUGCACAUCCGGGGUAAAGCAAAACAGCUAUACAAAAAGUUCAUUUCACCAGAACAUACAAUUUGGAGAGCAAGAGACAACCCACAACUACAGUUCAAAUCUGUCAGGUGAAGAAUUGUUCUGUUCAUCUUCUGAAAAACGUGCUCAUUGUAAACAAUCUUUCUCUUGGAACCCUGCAUUCGUAUCUCAAACAUUCACAAAAGAAGGAAGCUAUAAUUUAACAACAGAAAGAGGAAACUGUUUACUCAGUGGAAUUAUAAGAAUACAGCCUCUGAAAACAUGUUGCGGUCCUUUAAGAGUUGGAUUGUCAAGGAAAGCUAAACUCAAGCAGCUUCAUCCGUAUUUAAAAUAG